AUGCAGGCCGCAGGCGUGGCGCGGCCGGUCCAGCGGGCGGCCGGGAGCGCGGCUGCGCGCGGAGCUGCGGGGCGGCGGGCCCUCGCCGUGCCGACGCGCGCGCGCGGCCCGUCGAAGACGGCGAUCGGGUCGCGGACGGCAUACAGAGGGGCUCUCUCGAGCGGCGCGUCCAGCAGCGCGGUGUUCCGGUCCGCAGGCACCGCUCCGAGCCGGCGCAACGUCAGGGUCGCUGCCCGCAACGGCGACGUCGACAUCGCGGACCGCGUCAUCUCCUCGCUCGUGUACCUCCUGCCGCUCAUGGACGGCAUCCGCUACGGCCGGUACUUCUUCAUGGAGUUCCCGUCGUUCGCGCGGCUGCUCUCGCCGCUGGAGCCCCUGGUCUCGCUGUACUACGGCAUCCCGUUCGGCGGCUUCGUGCUGUUCCUGGCUGUGCAAUUUGGCGUGGUGAGCAACCUGUCGCUGUCGCGGUUCAUCCGCUACAACGCGAUGCAGGCCGUCCUGCUCGACAUCCUGAUCAUCAUCCCGGACCUGUUCCUGCGCAUCAUGGGCGCCCCCACGUCGCCGGCGAUGGUGCAGCUCCGGGUGUCUGCCUUCAACACUGUGUGGCUGUUCGUGUUCGCGUGCGUGGCGUACGGCAUGUCGUCGUGCCUCGUCGGCCAGAGCCCGCGCCUGCCGCUCGUGGGCGACGCCGCGGACCAGCAGGUGCCGCCUUGA